AUGGUAGCAGGAGAGAGAGAAACAGACGUGCUCAUUGUAGGAACAAGCACAGGUGGACUACUGUUGUCAUUAGACUUGUUAAGAAAAAAUGUAAAACAUUUAAUAAUAAGCUCAUGUGAAGAAAAAUUAGAAGAAGAGAAAACUAAUGAACAGUAUUUACUAUACCCUAGGACACUUGAAAUGUUGCAAGAUUUAAAUAUCCUAUCGGAGGUUCUAAUCAAUAGUUUAAAAUUAACUGGUAUCAGUUUAUAUAUAGAAAAUAAAUUAGUACACAAAACAAGUAAAUCAUUCUUUCAAAAUUUUAAUGUCACUAUACCAUAUAUGUUGAGUAUUAACAAAAUAGUUCUAAAUAAUAUUUUGAGAAAAUACAUAAAGCAAUUCCAUUUUUUAGUAGAGGAUUAUACUAUACUGCGGGGUAUCAACAAAAAUUGCAAUAAUAGGGAAAAUAAAAAAUUAUUUAAUGAUACUAAGGAAUAUGGAUAUAAAAAUAGGAACAACAUUAUAAUAAAACCACAGAAAAUGAAUAAAGAAAUAUCGUCAAAAUAUGGUGAGAAAAGAAUAUCGAGGAAGACUAAUUCUAAUGAACCUUACAAAAAUAAAAAGGAAAAAAGAAGAAAUGUGAGGAAAUUAUAUACCUUGCCAUCUCUCUUGAAAAGUAGGCAAAGCGAGAAUACAGGUAUAAGCAGAAGAAGACCCUGCAAUAGUAAAUGCAGUAGUCGCACACAUAGUAGCACACAAAGUAGCACACAAAGUAGCAUACGAAGUAGCAUACGAAGUAACACACGUGGGAAGGACAAAAUGAGCAAUAAUUUGAGAAAAAAAGAAUAUCUCUUAAAUCAUAAUAAAAAGGAAAAUAAUAAAAAUGGUAGCUUUUGUACAAGUUUCACUUAUAAAACUGAAAGCAGCUCGAACAUGAGCACAAGUUCAGCCACUUCAUAUAGUACUAAUACCAUUUCUAGUUUGUCAAAUGAAACAGAACCAAUAUCCUUUUACCCUAGUUGUUUCAUUAAUUCCGGAAGUAGUACUAAUUAUAAAAAUUCCCUCAACGAUUAUAAGCAUAGAAUAUCGGAUAGUUCAUUUCCAACUACAUCUCAAGGAGUCACAACGAAGAUAAAGCUACCCUUAUUAACAAACCUAAAUGGGGGAAAUCAUAUCCGUCAUAAGGAUGAAGAUAUAAUAAAUGAUCCUAUUAAUAAAAGCUGUGAAUACAGUCUACGCAAUGGAAACAAGGGAGAUAACGAAGAGUUUCUAGUUAUACAAGAGAACAGUAGUAUAAAUAUAAGUAAGGGGAAAAGAAGGAAUCUAAAUCUAAUGACAGCCUAUGUAAGGCAAAAUAACUUUCCAUACAGCAGGGGUGGUACCAAGAGAAUUGGUAGCAACAGAAGACGUGAUAGUCCCAGCAGAAGGGAAAGCCUCAAUAGAAGGGAUCGCCUCGACGGAAGUAAUCAUGUCAGCAGUACCAACUACUACUACCACAGGGGACGGAACAAGAAAGAUGUGCGGCACUACUCCGAGAUUAAAAGCAAAUAUAUUGUAGGUGUUGACGGGAGGAAGUCGAGUGUCCGAAAAUUCGCACAUAUAAAAUUGGAGGAUAAAAAAAAUGAAAAGAUAGAAUAUAUUUCUGUAGAUAUAUGCGCAAAAUGGAACAAUGACAUGAGUCACUAUAACUUAUCUAUAAUUCAAUCGAAGUACGGUUUUGUUACUUGCUUCCCCAUAUUUGUAGAUAUUACUAAUAUAAAUGAGAAGAACUUUUACUGUAAGGAUAAACAAAUUAAAAAAAUCAUAAAAAAAAUUAAGAUGGAAUGUAAUCUAAGAAAAAAAGAAAAGUACAUCAACCUUUUAAAAAAAAAAAAUAAAUUAAAAAUUGCACAAACGUCCCAGUUUUUUAGCUUAUCUAACACGGACAAAGACAACUCAAACGUGUCAUUGAGAAAUGAAACAGCCAGCCAAAACGCUGAUCACAGAUACAAUGAGGGGGAAAAAUAUGCGCACCUCUGUAAUAGCAAACAGAUAAAUAUUUUUCAUAAAAACUAUAUUAACCAUAACAUUCAAAAGGGAAACAAACGCAUCCACAUGGAUAAUAUAAGUGUAGACAAUAUAAACGAAGUAGACCACCAUGACAAUUCAAAAAACUACGUAAAUGAUAUAUCUUCUCAAAAGAAAGAACAAAAAAAUAUUAUUUAUCAAGAAAUUUUAGACUAUUAUAGUAAAAAUAGAAACAGUAGUACUUCCUCUGGUGAACAUAAGAGAAGGGAAAAAAAAAAUUUACAAAUAUCAACAUAUGCCACCAGUUCAUUAUUAUUUUUAAAAAAAGAAGUUCCAGCCAAUAUAGACAACCCACAUUCUUAUAAAAAUGAUGUGGUAACCCCUAACACAUGUACAUAUGACAUAGCCGACACAACAAUGCCUUUUGAAAAGAAAAAUUACGCAUUUGAGGAAAUUCCAAAAUAUGAAAAACACAUGAAGAAUUCAAUAAAAUUGAGAAGUAGUUCAGAAGGGAACUACCCUGACGUAUUUGAUACUAAGGUGAAAGGCAGAAUAUUUUUAUUUCAAAAAAUGGACCAUGUAGGGAGAGAGGCUUCAUUGAAGGAAAGUGUAUCUUUGUUAGGUACUGUUGCGGGAGCUUCUUCUGAACAGCCCCUUGACAAAUGCAGCUGCAGGGGGGAGCCACAAGGUUUUGUUGCUGCUCGUAGUAUUGGGGGUGUUGGUAAUACCAUCUAUAAGUUCAACAACAAUGUUGGUAAUUCCUCUCAUAGUUGCAUCCCCUAUUCAAAGGAAGCCUUUACAAAUGGGGGGAUCGACGGUGAUGACAAUCCCAAUGCCAAUGAAAUAAUAUUGUUGAAUAAUAAUAUGAAUGAGGAAUGUAAUGACUACAAUAAUGACAUUUUCAGUAUGAAAGAAGAAAAUAUAGACAUGCAAAGGAAAGGUAAUAAAAAUAGGAGGUUUCCAACGAACAAUUCUUUUAACACUGAUAAAGAGACCCCUUUGAAGGUGACGAACAGUAGGUACAACAUAGGGAACAUUGAUGGAUACCGAAUUGUUCGGAAGGAAAAUGGACAUGAUGGAACUGACAAUAGCUUUACUGACGCCGUAAGCAACAAUUCUAGAGAGGGGAUUGAUCAUGGGUCCAUGUUUUUUAUGGGAAAAGGCAGUUACAACUGGCAUUUGACUAUAUGCAGAAGGGGGGGAGGAAAAACCCUUAACAAAUGCUUAUAUCAUAUAAAGAGGUCAAAAAAAGUUACUUAUGAAGAGGUUAUUGAUAUAAUUAAAAAUGUAUUUCCAAGUAUUGAACUAUAUUAUUUGUAUAAUUUAAAAGUUGGUAGACAUAAAGAUAAAAUUUGUAAAAAUUAUUAUCGUAACUCGAUAAUAUUAGCAGGGGAAUCUAACUGUUUUUACAACCCACUAUUCAAUAUAAGUAUUAACUUAACUAUACAUGAUGUUUAUAAUAUUGGAUGGAAGUUAAAUUAUUUAAUUAAUCAUAAUUCUUCUUCACUAUUAUUAGAGUCUUACGACAAAGAGAGAAAAUUCAUUUCAGAAAAGGUUUUAUCAUGGAAUAGCAAAAUUUUUAACUUUUUUUUUUUUAUUUUUAAUUGUAAUGGUAAUACUACUUGUAAUUGUAACUGUAAUUGUAAUUAUAACUAUAUAUAUUACAUAUUAUCCUUUUUAAAUUGUUGCACUUGUCCGUUUGCUAAUUUUUCUUCAAUUCAUAACUUUUUUGAAAAAUUUUACUUAAAAACUUUUAUGCUACAGAAUAAUUAUUAUGGACAAAUUGUAGCCAAUAGUUCCGUUAAGAUGUGCAGUACUAGUUUCAUCUGCUCAGAUAGAGCAAAAAAUUGCAUUUUAAAAUAUAUUUAUUCAAAUAAUAAUUACGAAGAAAAGAGUGUGUGCCUAUAUGAUUACCUACGUGAUCAAGUCCACACACUAAUAUUAUGUAUAAACAUAUCAGAGGUAAGAAGCACUCCAUAUGUGAAUUUUAAAUCGUUCAAAAAAAGGAACAGAAAAUAUGGCAGGGAAUAUUACUUGGGGAAUUACAAGGGGUAUGAAUGGACAUAUGACAAAGCAUCCCUAGAUAAGCUAAUAAAAAUAAGAAGUUUAACCUACAGAACAAUGAUGAAGACUCCUAAUAAAUAUUCUGUGCAAAUUAUAUGGGUCUUAUGUAAUAACAGCAAAAACGAAUUUAUCCAAAGUAACACAAAAUUAUUCCCCUUAAAAUCCUCCUCCUCCUUUACACGUUUAAAUAUUAAUUUUUAUAAUGUACCUAAUCAGCUACUAAAUAACAUAAAAGCCCCAAGAAUUAAAAGGCAACAUAUAUUAUACGAUUUUUUAAACGACUUUCAAAAACAAUUUAAUAUAAAAUUAAACUUGCCAAACAAUUUAAUAGAAUCACACAAUUUCAAAUCUGCAAUGUAUAUUUUCAUUCGACCCGACUUGCAUAUUACACACAUGAAUUACGUGAACGACGACAAACAAAUUGUUUCCUUCCUCGACUUUUUAUACAAAUUUUACGGUUAG